CAGGUUUUAAGAAUGACCUACUGACCUAGAAAUAAUGCUGCAGAAAACAAGAUGGUAGCCCUGAUUGUGACCUGCCUUCUGCUGCUAUGGCAACCAGAGUUCUCCUCUCCACAGAGAACCAGGAAUUAUCAGUUGGAGGACAGUUGUUUUGUGGAUCCAGUGACCAUUAGUCUGGAUGAGACGGUCAUCAUUAAGGGGGGAGGGACGGUCAGUCCUAAGCCGAUCGGGAUCCAGUGUAAGAUCACGGUGCGGACCGAGGCCAAGUACGAGCUCCAGGCCAGAGUACAAUUCUUCAACUGCCGGGAGCCCUCCGUCAUCCUCUCCCUUUACGCCAACACCAACAACAUUUAUAACUGUGACAACUACCCCCGCUCUCCUUUGACCUUGACCUUUACGGGUACACAGGUGAUUGUGGAUCUGAAGAAGGGUGACCCUACGGCCAUGCAGUACUCGUUUGAUAUCAGCAUCACCCCCAGACAGAAGCCGUUUUCAGCUGAUACCACGGAGUCCCAGCCAGUGGCAGCCGGGCUGAUCGUCGGGAUCGUCUGCGGAAUUUUCUUCUUUCUCGUCGUGGGAGCCAUCAUUAUAGCGUGCUGCUACAGACGAGCCCAGAAACUAAAACGCCUGGCCAUGUACAACAGCUCCAAUGCUAAAGUACCGCUGGAGGAUGCAGCUGGACCAAUGGGGAUAUCAAAUAACUUUGAGUCCUCGCCCCGAGCCAUGACAAGGUUACUUACAACAGAGGAUGAAAGUGUGGAAAAUGGAGGAGUGAGGCGACCACAAACGCUUGAUUUAAAAUCUCGGAGUCAGACGGCAAAAAGCGACCGUACGGAGUCUAGUACAGCCAGUAGACCCAGUAAUAAUGACGCUUAUGAACAUGAGGAUGAAGAUCCCUAUGAUGUAAUGGACGGAGAUCCGAAGCCCCCCAAAUCUCCCUUCCUUGGUGCUUUACAGAGUAAUGCGAAGUUCCAGAAAUCAAGACAAGAGAAUGAGAGAGAUGCAGAGGACCGACGGAAUCGAUUGUCAGGUUCAUCGUUUGGAAAUCAGACACCUGGGUCAAAUUCAUCAAUAGACAGUCGAGAUAAGGUGUCAGCCAGCGAGAGUCGAGGGAAGCCUCUGCCAGCAGUGCCUGACAAUAAACAAUUAACUCUGGCGGAAAAACGCAAAAAAAUGGAAAGUUUCCGAAGAGCUACCAGACCAGAUUCUUUCACUUCUGAUGAAUUGGAUCGAAGUGGAGAAGACACUGAUAAUUUGAACAAAAGUCGCGGGGCGAGUGGAAGUGACAGUCAGUCGUCUCACGAAACAGCUCCGGCUAAAGCCAAGACAAACACACAACAUAUACUGCGCCCUAACAGAGGGCAGGAGAAAACGAAAAACACAAAAAACAAAAAAGAAAAGCCUCUGAAAGACCGAGAUCCAGACAAGAUCCCCGACAGUCCUAAAUCCACACGCAGUGCCGGGCAGUUUCAAAAACUAGACGAUGGACUGAGAUCAAGCAAACGAUCAAACAAAUCUCCAAAACCGGCAGCCAAAGGCUUCGGACAUCGGAGAAAUCGGAGCACUGAUUCACGUCCCGUGACCCCCACUAGCAUGAUGAGGGAUGAUGACGAGGAGUCUAUUCGUCCUCUCCAGAGAACAACGUCACGCCAAUCUCUCUACGCCUCUCGUUCAUCCCUCUACAGUCGCAGGCGGCGGAAAGGUUCCUUCUCCGAGUCUGUCGUUUCUGGGUCAACCUUCGCCCAUGAUGACAUUGACUAUUACCGCAGACCAAGAGGUCAAAGGUCACGGGGUCAUUCACCUGCGGAUUAUGACGAUGACUCUGAUGGCUAUGUGCAGCCAAUAUCUCGUCAUGAAAAUGACAGAAUGUUUAAAUCGCUAGGAGAUUUGAAUUCUAAUGGAAGACGCAGCGAAAAAGCAACCAGAGCAACACAAACAUUGAGGGAGACAGCAACGCAGACCGGGGACGACCAAUCGGUUGUCGUCCAUUCAAAGAGGGUGGUGCCGAGAAAACGUCGCUCAAAGAGUCUGUCUGCAACAGGAACGCAAACUACAAAUAAAAAACACAGAAGUCGCAGUAAGUCAAGGGGUAACGAUUCUGACACAGGUGAUGAACUUAAAAAUGAAAAACGGGAAAAAUCAAAGAGUCGAGAAUCACUGAAAGAAAGUUCAGAAAAACCAAAGCCAAAACCGAAACCAAAACCCAGGAAAUCCCAAUCGGCAGCAGCAUCUGAGAGCGAGGCUCCUACCAAAGCACAAAGGAAAAAGUCCAAGUCUCAGAAAGAGGCUCCUGCUGCAGAAGACACAGUGGAGGCUCCACAGGAACUGACAGCAGCGCCACCUGGAGUGGUGGUUUAUCCCAUGGGGCCUCAGGGUCAGCCGUAUGUGGUACCUUAUGGACUACCACCAGGUUACACCACCUUACCUCUACAGCAGCCACCACCCGGUGCAGUGCCCUCCCAGCCUCCUCCUUAUGUUGUUAACGGUCAGGGAUCUCUGUUUGUGGGGCCGCCUCCGCCUGUUGACAAUACAGUCAGACAGUUACCACCACAAACUGUGUCUCAGGCUGCAGCUAUUCCAAGGAAAAAGUCAAACUGGGAAAUGUUGUGUGAGAUGACAGACAAACAGAACAGUGGGGAAGCUUUAGAGACAGGUUCAGUGACUAGCUCUGUGUUUACUAACAAUAUCCCCUCACACCAGGUGGUGUACCCUACAGGUCACCACCCAGCAGCUCCCAUAGUAAUGGUACCACCCCAGCACAGCCAUCCUGUACAUUCCUUCACAGCCCCAGGGGCCCUGUAUCCCUCUGGUGUACCCCUGGCAGUUAAUCCCUCUCCACUGGGGACUUCACCGGCUGCCCAUCCUAGUCCUUCUGUCGGCAGCGAGCUAUCCCAUAAUUCCUCAUGGGAUGUGCUGACACGAUUAACAGAACAGCAGAGUCGACUUCAGCAGGGUCAGAACAAUGCGGUGGGGAAUGAGAGCGUCGUAUAGUGUCACCCAUAGUAACAACCAUAGUUAACACACAUAGUUACCAUACAUUGUAGUCAUCCAUAGUAACCAACCAUAGUAACAAAAUACAUUUAAAUCUUGUCACUCCAUCUCGUGGUUGUGAGUCUCCAUUUGAUGCUGGUUGUACUUUCAUUUUUGGCUGUAUGCAGUUUAAUGUGAACAAAUUUAACUGCAUUUAAUUUUUUUUUGUUUUUUUUUUUGUGUUAUAUUUUUUUUGUACUUAAAAUAUGAUUUUUAAAUGUGUUCUAUGUGCUGAAUGAGGAUAGAUUUACUUCACGAUGGAUUUACUGUUGUAUAAAUGAAUAUUCAUUACCUGUAUAUAAACCAUAAUAUUGUAUACUUAUUAGUGUAAGUUUUACAUAAGUCUACAUAUACAUUAAUAAAGUGCAACAUAUUUAUUCAAAUAUAAUUGUUGAAUGUUUUUGAGCUCCUGUAUGAUUUUUUUGCACAAAUAUUUUUCAUACAUAUCAAUUCUAUACAAAUUCUAUACAUUACAUAUCAUGCAUUUGUUAUGCAAUUUUUGCAAAUGUAAUAAUAUACAUUAUAGAAGU